CAGGUCCUUCGGAGGGCUUCGUCCUCGGCAAUCCCGAGGUCGAAGCAGGAUGCAGGGCUGUGCACAACGUAAUUCGCUGGGCGUGUCGCCAACACUUUCACGCGGAAGGGGACCCGGAUUGUUCGAAAGGAAAAGGGAAAAGCAUAUCAUAUGCAGAGAAAACGAAAUCCGGGAAACCGAACUCGGAUCCGAAAGCAAAGGGAAAGUCCCCUUGCCGAAGAACGAUCUCAAAAGGGCGAAGGGGCCGCAAGGCCCCCACCCACCCCCACCCCAGAAGGAAGUUGCCGAUAAAACAAUGAAGGGGGUGACUCACAAGGAUUUCCCUCCCCCUCAGAGAGUAGGGAAGCCACAGGAGAAGCCCGUGAAGCCUGUAGAUCUCAACCCGACAACGAAAAUGGAAAUUGAGAAAGCCUCAUUCGAGAAGAAGGAUGGGGACAAAGAUCGGAUGGAUGAAGAUAAGACGGCAACAGGAAGAGAGAAAAGAAAGCGAGAAAAAGAACCGCUACUGGAUGAGGAAGACGAAAAGGAUCAACAAAAGGAGAAGGGGAAAGAGGAAAAAACCGAGAGGAGUAAGACAGGGGAAGAGGAGGAGGAGGAGGGAAAAGAGGAGGAGGAAGAGGAAGAAGAGAAAGGUAAAUUGGGAGAUGAAGACUCGGAGGGAGAGAAGGAAGGGGAAGCCUCAACCUCGGAAAGCGAAAUGAGUGAAGAGGAGGAGGAAGGGAUGGAUGUAGAGAAACUAGGGCUUGCUUCCCUCGAGACCCCUGAUCAUACCCCCGACAUCAAAAUUUAUCGGAACAAAAUUUUCGAUGAAACAACAGAGAAGGCUGCACUUCAGAAAGCAGACUCAAAAGAAUCCUUUUCGGAGGAAGAUUUUGCGGACUGCCGUGAAGCACUGUCGACUCCAGAUAGUGACAAGGCAAAGGACGAUGCCGUCGGUCAGAAACAAGCCCUAAGGGCAGCCGAAGCCUCCUUUGCCAAAAUUGGCAGGACCCAGAAAGCCACUAAGCCAGCAGUAUAUAACCACCGGGAGCGAAAAGGGAGAACGGUAAAACCAUCCCUCUCCCUAGCCCUUCCCAUGGGCACCUUGGGGCGUGCGGACAAAGUAAUAACCACUGAGGUGGCAGUACCAUUGAUUUGCAUACAGUCGCCAUAUGGGCCAAUGGUAUUAGCGAAACUGGACAAGAACGAAUCGACAUACUUCCCAACGUUCCCAGUGACAGGCCAGCCAACAUAGACUCAGCUGGCAGCUGAAAUAAAAAAGUGAGUGCUGACAUAAAACCUCUCUUGUGUCGUAUUGGCAAAUCCGAAGAGAGGCAGGGUCAUUGUUAACUCACCUAAAGUGAAAUACAUGCUACACCUCGCCUUUAUGAAGCUGCAGGGAGCUCCUCAGUCCCUCGAAGAUCUGAGGACCCAACAGGUCGAUUGGACUCCGUUAGCACACUUCUUGGACAUAGGUAUAGAUACAUUGAAUGAAUUUGAGGUGUGCGA